AAAAGCAAACAUCGUGUCAGAACUGUUUUAAACCACUGGUGGUUUGGCAAAUGUCUAAAAAGACCCCGUUGUUUUCUUUGAACAAGAAUAUAAUAGGUCUGUUCUUACGACUUUUUCUGAACACGGUGAUAACUAUGGUAAACAGAUCAUGAAAGACCCCAUAACAUGCCAACAUUUCAUCAUGUUCGUCCGAAAAAAAACGACAAGCACUUAACAGCCGAGUUCUAGGUGUGGGAGCGCAUUUUAAUGUCUUGUUUCUGAUUCAAGGGAGAAUAUGGAGACUCAUGAAAACGAUACAGUGACUUCUCCUGGUACAGUGAACUCCUCUGACGGGCAGCUGAAUGGACCCAGCCCUAUACAUAAAACGAUCUAUACAAUAUUGUAUUCGAUAAUCAUAUUUGUGGCACUGGUCGGAAAUCUUCUUCUGAUCUUCAUCAUCAAAAGAAGACCAGAAACAAGGUCGCUGACUGGUUUCCUGUUUGUCAACAUGGCCGUCGCUGACCUUCUAGUGGCUCUGAUUACUAUGCCAGUCAGCCUGUACACGUUGUACACCGGUGGGGUAUGGGCAACGGGAAUUUUUGGGCAUGUCACGUGUUCGCUUGUGUUCUUCACGUUCCACGUCACACUCGAAGCGUCCAUAUUAAGUUUGUUGAUGAUGUCAGUGGAUCGUUACUUUGCAGUGGCCCAUCCUCUUCGCCGCUUUGAGACGUUUCGAAAGGCUAGAGUCCUUAGUGUGUUUAUCUGGUUGAAUGCAAUGAUUUUUUCCAUUCCAGUUGCUAUUGUUUGGCGGCUCGUUGAUUGGGAUGGCAGUUUGCUUUGUGGCCCAAAGUUUGAUGAGCUUGGCAAAUUUGGCUUGACAGGGUUCUACACGUACCUGUUUAUACUGAUGUACCUCGUUCCGCUUAUCAUUAUAACCAUCCUCUAUACUCUGAUCUGCUGCACGCUCUGGCGCCGAAGCAUGCCGGGUGAAGCGUCGUCGGAAACUGAGAAACGUAACGAGAUUACGAAGCGAAGAGUUGUGCGUAUGCUUGUCAUAAUCACCGCUGUGUUUGCUCUUUGUUGGUUCCCAGCUCAUUUUUAUCACAUGCUACUUGCAUAUCGUCUUGACGUCCAUAAGAAACUUCCUCAUUACAUAAUGACCCUUUGUUUCGCAUUGGGUCACGCAAACAGCGCGGUAAACCCAUGGCUCUACAUGAUGUUGAACGAAAAAUUCCGCAUCGCCCUAAGUGCUACGCUACACGGAAGGGGUCCAAGAAUGCGAGCCGGCUCAAACAGAAGCCAGUCCAUCACAAAGUACACUUCAAUCAAAGGCGGCAAUUCAUUUAAGACAAGACGAUCAAAGCAAGAAAAAUCUAAAGCUGAAACAUACAUGUGAAAUAAUAUGCACUUAAUCAAAGCUAGAGCUUUUCAGACUUCUUUAAGUAAAAUCUGCCAUCAAAUGUGCUGCUAUAGAAAGCGUGAUUUACAACAAUCAGUAAGAGAGCAGCAUGCGAUGGUGCCAGAAUCGUUCGAGUGCAAUCGAUGGCAAAUUGUUGUGAUUGUCCUUUGACCAAAUUCUCAAUCUUGGUCCACGAAAAGAGAGUUAAUUAGUACCUGAGAGACGGAGAGGAUCGGCCAAUGUUUCUGUAUCGAUCGUCCUUACAUGAAAACAGUUGCAAAAUUAUCUGGCGUCUCUUAUAAAAGAAUCAAGUGACUUAGUUUAAGUUGCAACGAUCUCUCCACCAUUCGUCACUCAAAGGUGUAAGCUAAGAUUGUAAAUUAGAAGGGGGCCCUGUUGAGUCCAAUUUUUUCCAGUGUUUUUUCUUUUUUUCAGGUAUGGUGACUUUUUUUACCUGUUAAGGUUGACUCAGUCCUCAGUAUUGCACUGCACAUCCUGUACUGCCUAUAAUAAAUUACGUGAUCACGCAAAUAAGUGCGCGCGCAUUUCGAGCCACACGGUAUUGUUCCUCAAUCAGUGGACCAGGUAAAGAGGUGCGAUAGUCCUUAGCUCUUAAACGAGCAACGUGACCCAUAUAUUUUAUUGCAUAGGUUUGGUGUGUAAAUUCUCCCCUUUGAAGCGAAUUUGAACAUUGUAUUGAAUUUGCGCUAUAUAAAUUAUUAUUAUUAUUAUUAUUAUUAUUAUUAUUAUCAUUCUUUUAAAUUGAAGAAAUUAAAAAAAUCAUCGCAAGAAAAAAAAAGGAUAUAUAUAUAUACCUAAAAGCGUUAACGAAGCUUUUUACCCACUGAUGCAACCUGGAACCUUCAAAGCAACUAGCCAAGGAACGCUUUGAGUCGAUGUCGUUUAAAUUUCGUAAUUUUUUCAAAAAAUUAUAUAUCUGUAAUUGUUCCAUAUGCUCAAUAACUUGUACCUAUCAAUAUUUUUCUAAUUGUUUCUUCAAAAGCCCUAGCUUCCAGCUACCACACGAUGUACCGUAAAACGAUGAAAUAACCCGCGUAAUAACUGCUAGUACUGGCAUGAAUGGUGAGUCUGGCUCGUCAUACCUCUUAAACAAGCUUUUAAUUUUUAUAAUAAUUUUCGAAAAAAGCAUUGAUAGAGAACCUUUGAGGGAAUUUUAAAAAUUAUCACUCGAUACUUUUUUUUUUCUGAGGAAUCACCUUAACGCAUGUAGAAAUAGUUUAAUUUGGCGCCUAAAACAAUUUUGUCAUAUAGUCAACAUGCGUCCCCCAGGAAAGAUCAUUGGAUUAGUUGACGCCUAACAGCUUGAACGACGAGAGCUCUUCUAUAACAGCGCCCCCGGAUUGUGAGAAACCAAAGUAGGAUUCGAUUCUUUCCACCAGAAUCACAUGGUCAAUGGUAUCAAAAGCCGCCGAUAGAUCAAGAAGGACUAAUACAACAUCUCGUCGGCGGUUAGUCGUUCUCAGAAAGUCGUUUGCCAAACGGAGCAAAGUUGUCUCCGUAGAAUGGUGUUUCCUAUACGCAGACUGCAUAGUGGGUAGCAAGUUGUAAGAUUCAAGAUAGUUGUAUGUUUGUGUUGCUGCUACCUUCUCAAUAACUUUGCUAAGAAAGGGAAUAUUAGCCAACGGACGACAGUUCUUAAAAAUCUCCUUGUCAAGAUUCCCGUUUUUCAAACAUGGACGAACAUGUGACAACUUCAAGGGUGAAGGAAACUCCCCUGUCGACAAUGACUGAUUGACCAUUAAAAAGUAUUUAUAAACAUA